CUUGCUGGAGGUUUCUUUUGCAAGCUGUGCAAGGAAAAUAAGCCAAGGAGUCAUGUGGGCUGGCAAAGGCCUGGACACCUCGAUGCCAAGGAGCACUCAGCAAUCUGGGGGAGAACGGAGGAUGAUUUGAGGGACCUGGUCUUCAGGGAGCUCAUCAAAGGAGCAGCAAAGCAGAGUUAUGUCAUGCCCAGACCACCAAAGGGCUCCAUGAGGAUUUAUGGAAGAUGCCCCGUGUCUUGGCGCCUCUGGUGCUCCUUCUGCUGUGGCUGAUGAGGAUCUCUGCCAGCCCCCAUUCCCUGAGGAUUGCUGCCAUCCUGGAUGACCCCAUGGAGUGCAGCAGAGGGGAGAGGCUCUCCAUCACCCUGGCCAAGAACCGCAUCAACCGCGCGCCCGAGCGGGCGGGGAAGGCCAAGGUGGAGGUGGACAUCUUCGAGCUGCUGCGGGACAGCGAGUAUGAGACGGCAGAAACCAUGUGCCAGAUUCUCCCCAAAGGAGUGGUUGGAGUCCUGGGACCUUCCUCAAGCCCAGCCUCGAGCUCUAUUAUCAGCAAUAUCUGUGGGGAGAAGGAGGUUCCUCACUUCAAAGUGGCACCGGAGGAGUUCCUGAAGCUGCAGCUCCAGCGCUUCACCACCCUCAACCUCCAUCCCAGCAACACCGACAUCAGCGUGGCCGUGGCAGGAAUCCUGAACUUCUUUAACUGCACCACUGCCUGCCUCAUCUGUGCCAAAGCUGAAUGCCUUUUAAACCUGGAGAAGCUGCUCCGGCAGUUCCUCAUUUCCAAGGACACGCUCUCGGUGCGGAUGCUGGACGACAGCCGGGAUCCCACCCCUCUCCUGAAGGAGAUCAGGGAUGACAAGACAGCCACAAUCAUUGUCCAUGCCAACGCUUCCAUGUCCCACACCAUCCUGCAGAAGGCAGCUGAGCUGGGGAUGGCAUCUGCCUAUUACACCUAUAUCUUCACUAAUCUGGAGUUCUCCCUCCAGCGCCUUGACAGCCUGUUGGAUGACAGAGUCAACAUCCUGGGAUUUUCCAUUUUCAACCAGUCUCAUGCCUUCUUCCAAGAGUUUGUCCAGAGCCUCAACCAGUCCUGGCAGGAGAACUGUGAUCACGCUCCGUUCACUGGGCCAGCACUCUCCUCUGCCCUGCUCUUCGACGCCGUGUACGCCGUGGUGACGGCCGUGCAGGAGCUCAACCGCAGCCAGGAGAUCGGGGUGAAGCCCCUGUCCUGCGGCUCUGCCCAGAUCUGGCAGCACGGCACCAGCCUCAUGAACUACCUGAGAAUGGUAGAAUUGGAAGGUCUCACCGGCCACAUCGAAUUCAACAGCAAAGGCCAGCGGUCCAACUACGCCCUGAAGAUCCUGCAGCACACCCGGGCUGGGUUCCGGCAGAUUGGCCACUGGCACGUGUCUGAAGGACUCAGCAUGGACAACAGGAUCUUCUCCUCCAACAUAUCAGACAGUCUGUUCAACACCACGCUCAUUGUCACCACCAUCCUGGAAAACCCUUACUUAAUGCUGAAGUGGAACCACCAGGAGCUGGAAGGCAACGACCGCUACGAGGGCUUCUGCGUGGACAUGCUGAAGGAGCUGGCCGAGAUCCUGCGCUUCAACUACAAGAUCCACCUCGUUGGGGACGGGGUUUAUGGUGUCCCCGAGGCCAAUGGCACGUGGACAGGGAUGGUGGGCGAGCUCAUUGCCCGGAAGGCUGACUUGGCUGUGGCAGGGCUGACGAUCACGGCGGAGAGGGAGAAGGUGAUUGAUUUCUCUAAGCCCUUCAUGACUCUGGGAAUUAGCAUUCUCUACAGAGUUCAUAUGGGCCGCAAACCCGGCUACUUUUCCUUCCUGGACCCCUUUUCUCCCGGAGUGUGGCUCUUCAUGCUGCUCGCCUACCUGGCCGUGAGCUGCGUCCUCUUCCUGGUGGCUCGGUUGACACCCUACGAGUGGUACAGCCCCCACCCCUGCUCCCAAGGCCGCUGCAAUCUCCUGGUGAACCAGUACUCUCUGGGCAACAGCCUGUGGUUCCCAGUGGGGGGGUUCAUGCAGCAGGGCUCCACCAUCGCCCCCCAGGCACUGUCCACGCGCUGCGUCAGUGGAGUCUGGUGGGCAUUCACCUUGAUCAUCAUCUCCUCCUACACGGCCAACCUGGCCGCCUUCCUCACGGUGCAGCGCAUGGACGUCCCCAUCGAGUCCGUGGAUGACCUGGCUGACCAGACCACCAUCGAGUACGGCACCAUCCACGGCGGCUCCAGCAUGACCUUCUUCCAAAACUCCCGCUACCAGACCUACCAGAGGAUGUGGAACUACAUGUACUCCAAGCAGCCCAGCGUCUUCGUGAAGAGCACGGAGGAGGGGAUCGCGCGCGUGCUGAACUCCAACUACGCCUUCCUGCUGGAGUCCACCAUGAACGAGUAUUACCGUCAGCGCAAUUGCAACCUCACGCAGGUCGGGGGCCUUCUGGACACCAAGGGCUACGGGAUUGGCAUGCCCGUCGGCUCUGUGUUUCGAGACGAGUUCGACCUGGCCAUCCUCCAGCUGCAGGAGAACAACCGCCUGGAAAUCCUCAAGCGCAAGUGGUGGGAAGGAGGGAAGUGCCCCAAAGAGGAGGACCACAGAGCCAAAGGCCUGGGGAUGGAGAAUAUUGGUGGAAUCUUCGUGGUGCUCAUCUGUGGCUUGAUCGUAGCAAUUUUUAUGGCAAUGCUGGAAUUUUUGUGGAGCCUUCGACACUCUGAGCAGUCAGAGGUGUCGGUGUGCCAAGAGAUGGUGACGGAGCUGCGCAACAUCAUCCUGUGCAAGGACAGUUUCCAGCCCCGCCGGCGGCGCGGGGGGCCGGUACGGACUCGCCCCGUUAUCCCGGAGGAGCGCCGAGCCCGCAGCACAACCACGCUCAGCAACGGGAAGCUGUGCAGCGGGGGGGAGCCAGACCCCCUGGCACAAAGACUGGCACAAGAAGCCGCCCUGGUCGCCCGGGGGUGCACCCACAUCAGGCCGUGGCCCGAGUGCCGCCGCUUCCAGGGGCUGCGGGCGCGGCCGGCCGCGGGAUCGCCCGCGCGGAGCGAGGAGAGCCUGGAGUGGGACAAGACCACCAACAGCAGCGAGCCCGAGUAACGCCGGGGGAGCGGGGGGCGCAGGGGAGGGGGCGAGAGGGUCCUGUUCCAUUUUACAGAACACGGACUUGUACAAU